AUGGCCGCAGCUUUGGAGUGCUGGUCGCGCCGCGCCACCGGCGACGAGGACGACGCAUUCCUAGCCACGCAUUCCUCACAACCCCGAGACUCUUCUUCUUCUUCCUCUUCAUCCCUCGUCCACAAGAAGCUCCUCAAACUCACGCGCAACGUCUCCGAGGCUCUCUCCUCCCUCAGAAACUCCCUUAACGCCAUGAAUGAUUCUUCCAAACCCGAUACGCCUCGCAACCUCGUGUGGACAACCGUUGUGCGCAAUCUCACCCACCUCUACCCCGGAACCCAUCUUCCUGAGAAGCUUGUCUGCAACAUUCGCAGGCACUAUGACUCCCUGCCUCUCAGUUAUUCUCAGGCGGGGUUUGAUGUGAAAGAUUUGUUUCUUCACAUGAAACUGAUGGAGCAAGCUCUGGAGGACGAACAGGCUGCGAUUUUGAUUCAAGAGGAAGGUGAUAGUGAGAUUCAACUCCAGGGGUCUUUGUUCAAGUUGACAUUUGCUUGCAACUCUCCAAUUUCAUGGCCCGCCAUGUCGGGUGCAUUGGAUGGUUACUCCAUUUGCUGCAAGAAGAUUCAGAUCUAUGAGAAGAUAGGAUUCACCCUCGGUAUUGUGCUUCUUCUUGUGCUGUUUAGUGGUGGGCAAGAUAAGUUGGUCAGGACCCGUGUUGAAAGCGCUCUCAAGAUUUCCAUGAAGAGGCCCAAAGCCGGUGUGAAGCUUCCCUUUGGGCUCUGUGGAUGUCAAGAGGAGAACACCAAGGAGAGAGGACUUGGAGAGAUUGAGGAAGAUAGUGGUGAUGCAUACUGUGGAAAUGGGUUUGAGAAUUUGAGCCAAAAGAUUCAGCUUCAGGUGCCAUUGCCUAGUUCAUCUUUUCUCGUAGUGGUAGAUGAGUGGCAGACUAUUCAAUCUGGUGGGGAUGAGAUUGAAAAAUGGCUGUUGAAUUCAGAUAGUCUUGAGUUUGCAGAACAGGUUGGGCCCAAUUCGUAUAAGGGCAUGUACAUGGGGAAAAAAAUUGGCAUUGAGAAGCUUAGAGGGUGUGAGAAAGGGAACUCUUAUGAGUUUGAGCUCAGGAAAGACCUACUGGCACUGAUGACUUGUGGUCAUAGAAAUAUUAUGCAGUUUUGUGGUGUUUGUGUAGAUGACAACUAUGGUUUAUGUGUAUUGACAAAACUUGUGGAAGGUGGAUCUGUUCAUGACUUAAUGAUAAAGAACAAGAAGCUUCCGAUCAAGGAUAUUUUAAGAAUUGCAGUUGAUGUGGCUGAAGGGAUGCAGUUUAUGAAUGAUCACGGUGUGGCAUACAGAGACCUUAAUACGCAGAGGAUUCUGUUGGAUAAGCAUGGGAAUGCUUGCUUGGGUGAUAUGGGUAUUGUCACUGCCUGCAAGAGUGUUAGAGAGGCCACGGAUUAUGAAACUGAUGGUUAUCGGUGGCUAGCACCAGAGAUAAUUGCUGGUGACCCAGAGAGUGUGACAGAGACAUGGAUGAGUAACGUUUAUAGUUUUGGAAUGAUAAUUUGGGAGAUGGUAACUGGUGAGGCAGCAUAUUCUGCAUAUUCACCAGUGCAAGCAGCAGUUGGCAUUGCUGCUUGUGGCCUAAGACCUGAAAUCCCCAAGGACUGUCCUCAAACUCUCAAGUCUCUCAUGACAAAAUGUUGGAACAACACCCCUUCAAAACGCCCUAACUUCUCUGAAAUUUUGGCCAUAUUGCUGCGACAAAACAACUACAAUAGGUAA